AGUUUAAAGCACUAACGCCAGUUAGUAGCCAACACUAUAACGCCGUUAGUGUUGGGUCGUACAAAACCUUUUCAAUUUCCACACUCGAAUCCUAACGGCUACUUCUCUUUCUUUCCGAGUUUUCUCGCAUUUGCUUUUCCUCUCACUUUCCUCAGCACAAAGAAGUGAAACAACCAGAAAAUCGAAAACCCACAACACUUGCGUGAAGUCCUACUCGAAUGUCGAAUCUGUGAUCUCGCAGCCAGGUCUUUUUUGUUAAACUGAAAGGGGAAAAAAUAUGGAAAAGGUUUACGAAGAGCUGGACGAAGUUAAAGCUGAGCUUGAGAAGCUCAGGGCAGAAUAUAAAAGCAAAUCAGAACUAUACGAGAGCUUGAGGAAAGCACACAAUGAGCAGCUCACAAAAUUCCAGCAGGCAAGUUCCAAAAUCGAGCAGCAGACACAAGAACUAAACAAGAAGACAGAGGAAAUCUCGAUGGCACAGCAGACGUGUGAAGAUCUUAAAUGCGCUUUGAAAGAGGAAGAGUCCAUAGUUCAACAUCUAAGGGCUGCAAACGAUAAACUUCGAGUUGAUUGUGAUGAGAAGUUUAGAAAAUUGGAAGACACGAACAAAGCAUUGGCAUUGGCUUUAGACGAGGCAAAUGAAAAGAAAAUGGAUCAAGAGCAAACACUUUGUGCAUAUAAAGACGAGAUUAAAGACCUCAAAGGCCGUCUAUCAGUCUCACAGAAGAAAUGUUCGGAAGCAGAAAAGAAAGCAAAUGUACCCAAAGAGCCGAGAGAGAGAGAUGAGGUGAUACUCAAACUAGAGGAGGAAAAUCAUAAAGUUCAAGAUAAAAUAAAAUGGAAGACGGAGCAGUUCAGACAUCUGGAAGAAGCACACGACAAGCUACGUGAACAAUUCAAGGCGGGUAAGAAGGAAUGGGAGAUGGAGAAGUCUUCAUUUCUCGAUGAGAUUUGUCAAUUGCAGAUGAGUUUAGAUUCUAAAACCCAAAUUUCAGAUAAUCUUCAAAACCGGCUGCAGGGGUGCAACCAAGCCCUGGCUCAUGAAGAAAGCCGGACAAAGUAUCUGGAGGUUCAAGUCUCUGAAUUCCAAACACGCUUUGAGAACGUCUUUUCUGAUCGUGAGCAUGCCAAAUCGCAGCUGGAAUGCUUGACUGCUCAGAGGGACAAACAAAUUGCAUCAUUGAGACAGUCUCUAAGCACCAAAGAGGCACUUCAUAAAGAAAUGGGAUAUCAAACAAGGAAGCUGGAACAAGAAAAUCAGGAGUUGCGAGCUUUGCUGAAAGAACUCCAGGAAGCCCAAAUCCAAUCAGCACCAGGUUCACCUUCCCUGGCAAAGCUACGAAACAAGCUCAAAAGUUUGGAGCAGAUGCACAGAGAAUCUGUUGCCAAUCAUAGGGCCAAAGAAGCUGAAUGGAGCUCUCAACUGGAAAGUAUGACGGCAGACCUGAACAACCAUAAGUCUGAGUUAAAGAGUAACGGUGCAGCACUAAAAGAACUCAGGAUGGAAGUGGAGCAGAAGCACAGGGACUGUACAGAUAAUCGGCUCAACAAAGUUGUAUGCAACUCUCAACUAGAAAAGAUGACAAGUGAUGUGCGCAACUAUAUGAAUGAGCUAGAAAGGAAAGAUGCAACGAUAGAAGAGCUCGAGAUGGAGUUGGAAUCCAAUCAUUUUCUAAGUAUGCAGGAGCUUUCCGUCAUGUUAUUGGUUUUAAAACUUGGAAUUUCUGGGGCACAGUUAAAGAUUGCAAAUGAGAAGUGUGAAAUGGAUCGGCAUGAUAAAGAGAACGAAGAAAAGAUUUCUCUGUUGAUGCAACAGCUGGAGAUGAAGAAUGAUGUUCUUAUUAGAGCACUGGCAGGUACUGAAGAAGAGCAUGAAAAGGCAGCAUCUUUAUCGAGUAGAAUUGAAGUUAUGGAUCUCAUUGACAACCAGAAGCUUCAUAUACGGAAAGAAGUUGAAAGAGAGCUUAGAGAAGUUAAUGAUGCCUUGGAGAGAUCAAAUGUUGAGUUGGCUGAAAAAAUAUUUGAAGAAAAUGAAAUUGAAUUUGAAUUGCAAAUAUGGAAAUCAAUUGCAGAGCGCUUAAGAAGUGAUCUUGAAGCAAGUGUAGGAAUGUGUAAAGAGUUGGAAGCUUCUCUUCUUGCACAGGUAGAAGUCGAGGAAACCAUAAAGCAACAAAAAAAGGGUCUUCUUUCUAUUUUUGAAGAGAAAGACAAAAUAAUAGAUAACCUCCAGGAGAAGAUUGUGUUACUGGAGCAGAAGCUCGACGAUGCUGAGUCAGUAAAGACAGAGACAUCGAUGUCCUUAGAGUCAGAGAAUUCAAUCUUUCUCCAAUUCACAAGAGAGAAGGACAAGAACUUUGAGCAACUCGAGAAAGAGGUCCACUGGCUAGAGCAGGAAUCAUUGAGAAGGGAAUUCGCAGGUCUCGUGAUGGCACAAACUGAUGCAGAGAGAACAUUUGAGUAUGAGAAAGAGAAACUCAUCCAGCAUGUCGAAGAGAAAUACCAGAGAGUGAAUGUUCUUCUCCAGCUUGUGGAGUCCUUGGAACACAAGUUUAACAGCUCAUUAGCUUCUUUCUCUUCACAGCUAGCCGAGAAACAGUCAGAAAUUGAUAUGAUUUACGAAGCUUGGGAAAAAAUCACUGCUGCUGAGGUUAUGGCUGCACUUGAAAUUGAAGAAAAGCAAUUGAUGGCCAUGGAACUUGAGGAUGAAAUCUGUAAUAUACAGCAGAAACUUGAAUCACAACAAAAAUCCUCAUGUGAGUCGAAACAGAAAGCAUUGGAGGUCGAAGCUCAGUUGGAAACAAAAGAGCAGGAAGUGAAGAGACUGACUAAUCAAAUGAAGACAAAGCUAAUAAACUCAGAUCCCUUGGUUGAGGAGCUCAAGAAUAAAAGAAGAAAUUUACUUGAAGAUGUCAUUCAGUUGUCAUCGGAAAAGGAAAAUUUAUUGCGGUUUAUAGGAGGGCUGGGUGAUAAGCUCUGGGAGUUCUGCGCUACGGAUAAACAACUGAUGGGAAUGUUGGAAAGGAUAAUGCUCUCUUUUGACGACAAGGGUUCAGGAAUGGAUUUGAAAUGGGAUGAUGAACUUGUUGAUCCAGAACAAGAGAAUGUGCGUACGCCUAUCAUCGUCAAGAUAUCUGAAGCCAUUUCUGAUAAAAGAUCUCCGUUUAGAGACCUCAACCAUUAGCUAGUAUAUGUUUCAGAAUAUCAUGCAGUUUAGUCAUAGCAUGGAAUUUUUUAGCUUGUGUAUGACGACCCACGCGUGUGUAAGUAUUUUAUUUCCAACCAGAACAAGUUUCCACAAAUUUGACUUAUCCUUUUAAUCAUGUAAUUUUCUUUUGCUUA